AUGCUGAAGAGGAUCGCCAGGAUAUUUUUCUUGGUGGUCUCGGUCGAUUGCAUUAAAAAUACCUCACAAAAGAUUACUUGCAGUAAUUACAAGCGAAUCCUGAGUGCGUCAUUGGCGACUGCAAAAGACCUUCCUUUAUACGAGAGAACUUACAAGUACUGCUGUGAAUUGUCGAAAACGCAAAGCUCGGAUGAAGAGCAGCGGAUCAUACUCCCUUCCAUCCCUCCAACUGCCAAAUACCGAGCUUUCCCAGUCCCCCAGCAGUCGCCACAAAGAGAAAUGUGGCGCGCACGGUUCCAGCUUCAAAGUCCAAAACCGUCGAAAAAUCCGAAAAAUAAGGCGAAAACUGUACAUAAAUGCAAGUGCGACGAAGGUUGGAGAGGAAAACGCUGCACUAAGGAGCGCAAGAAGAAGAAAAAGAAGCAAAAAUCAAAAUGUAAAAACGGCGAAGAGAGUUUUCUGAACGGUAGGAGCAAGUGCAUUUGCUUCAGCGGUUUCAAAGGCAAACGCUGCGGGAAGCGCGUUUCCAAUGAUGUCAUAAGCUACGACCCUUCCUCGUACUACUCCUCUUCGAGCGUUUCGUAUCAAGACAGCGAAGGAAACUUUUACGAUUCCGGAAGUCAUCGGCCGACAAAGUGCUCGUACGGCAAUCCGGAUCGACACUCUACCACUUGCUGGAACGUGCGUGUGGAAAGCAAGGGAAGAAGGAAAAAACGCCAGCUCAAGAAAUUUCGAGUUACGUGCCCUCUUCAUUCCUGCGCCGCGCAGCAAAUUCCAAAGGGCGAAGAGAAAGACAAAGAGAUCCAGGCGGAAAUAUCGACAGAAUCGCCGCUGGAAUUGACCGUGAAGACAGGAGUAAUCGAAAAACAUACGACGGAGAAGCCACUGCAAACAACGCAUAAAACUUCUACGACUUUACCGUCUCCAACAAUUCUUGUAACUACCAGCUCCAGUAGACCUAAAACUACAACUACCGAAAAGCCAACAACCAAAAAGUCGACAACAACAACGACAACCACCACAAAAACUACGAUAAAAACGACUUCCACUACUUCAACUUUCAAAAAAUCAACAUUAAAAAGGACUUCAACGAAAAGUCCAAUUGUCGAAAUCGAAAAACUCUUCACAAAAGCGACGCUGCCCCCUGUUGGAGAGAUCAACAUCGAGUCCGAUAGCACGGAUGCGGAAGAGAAAUCACCGGAAGGGGAGCAAGGUCCGAUCUACACAGGCCGCAAAAACAAAUUCCGCCUCCUGCAGAAAAACAUGGCUGAAAAUCCAGAGUUUUGCGGGGCAGGAGAAUUGGAAAUCAGAACAAAGCGAUCAAGGAAGUGGUUUCGCUGCUUGUGCCCGGCUCACAUGGAGGGGCGCAACUGCGAGCAUCAGCUCAACUACUGCAGACUCUAUUACGCGCAAUAUCAAAAGCGCCCAUGCGAGCACUACUGCGAAAAUGACGCGCGGUCUUACUACUGCGCGUGUCACAGCGGAUUCAUGCUCGCCGAAAACGGCUACAGUUGUGAAGGGAUUGUAAAUCGCUGUUUAAAAAUAGCACCAGCAGAUUAUACAAGCACUAGCAAAUACAAUCCCUUUGAUAGUUUCAGAGCUUCCGAUUUCUACAAAAAACUUCUGGCCGACGAAAGUGAGUCGCUCUACCGCGUUUCCCGUGGGGAGCGCUGA